CACUGUGUCUGAAAUCAUAGAGGUAAAGAAGAUAGAGACACACAUGAUGAAAGACGUAGGAUGUUGUCGACAAGUAAUUGAAAGUUGAUAGCCUCAUUAGAUGUUGUUACGAGAACCUUGGAUCAGUCUAGAUGAUCACUGUGUCUGUCCACGAGGAAGACUGCAAGAGAUGCCCCUAUGAAAGGAUAUGCAUUAUGUGUUUUACCAUAAGUCUCGGAGUUACGCUAGUAUUCGUGGUUCCAUCUCUCACCGUGCUGCAGAGCAAGGAUGCUGGUCAGGUGGUGUCCGUCAUGUCGGAGACGGAGCAGAGAAAGCUCCUGCUGCGAGCCAAGGUCCGAUGUUACAGGAAGAUGGUUCGUGUCUUCAAUACAUCCAGCCAUGACCCCGCGGACGGCCCUACCCCCUGUGUGGUGGCCUGGGACGACUUACUGUGCUGGGAUGAGACACCCCCGGGAACUAUGGCCCAACAGCACUGCCCGGAUUAUGUCAAUGGUUUCAACAAAAAUGAGUUUGCGAGACGGUACUGUGAUGCGAACGGGUCUUGGUGGAUCAACCCCGCCAACAACUAUUCCUGGACCAACUUCAGUGCCUGCGAGAAGCCCCCCAUUGACCUCCGAUAUCAUGCCGACAUAGCCAACAAGCUGCGACUGUUGUACACAGUGGGAUAUAGUGUGUCUCUGUCUGCUCUCGUCGUCGCCGUCAUCAUCAUGCUAUGCUGCAGGCGAUUAAAAAGUAAAAGCAACAUUCUUCACAUCAACCUCUUCAUUGCCUUCAUCCUGAGGGCAUCCGUCUCCUUCCUCAAGGAUCUGUUGUUUAAAGGAGUUGGUCUGGACAUGGAUGUCAGACUCAAGUCAGACGGGACGUACGAGUUCCUGGAAGGCUCACACUGGCAGUGUAAGCUGUUGUUCUGUCUCUUCAACUACACCAUCACCGCCAGUAUCAUAUGGAUCUUCAUAGAAGGCCUGUAUCUCCACAUGCUCAUAUACAGGACGUUGUCUACAGAGCGGAACGGCGUGUCGUACUAUAUAGUGCUGGGCUGGGUUUUACCUCUGGUGUUCUUAAUACCCUGGAUUGUCGUCAAAGCAUUGCUAGAAAAUACAUUCUGCUGGAACAUACAGGCACGGCCAGAGUUUCUGUGGAUACUGAAGGGUCCAGGAAUAGCGGUGGUGUUAAUUAACUUUUUCUUCUUCCUGGACAUAUUCCGUAUAUUGUUCCUACGAGUGAGGGCGAACCAGCGGCAUUUAGGAAAAACCAAGUACAAGAAGCUGGCUAAGUUCAUCCUGGUCCUCAUCCCGUUGUUCGGCUUGAUGUACGUUAUACUCAUCGUCGCCUUUCCUGCUGAGUUCACACAGGAGGAUUACAACGUGUUUUAUCUGUACAUAGAAAUGGGCUACAACUCAUUUCAGGGGUUUCUUCUUGCCUUGCUGUUCUGCUUUUUGAAUGAAGAGGUCCACGCCGAGAUUAAAAAGAUGUGGUACCGCCACAAAUCCAGACGAGCAGACGAUGCCGCAUUUACAAGAUCCUUGGGUGCAUCGUCAUGGAGGAAGUCCUCUGGAAGCAAGUCUUCUCCUGCUUCAGAACGCCGCCAGGGAGAGUGUGGCAGGCUCAAACUUGGCCCAACGUCCUCAUGUGAACAUGACAAAUCAGAUCAUCUGCUGAAAAAAGCAUUAAUUGCAAAUGCAAAGCGCAUUCUUUCUGAACAAAACACUGAAUGUAGCUCUCUUGAAGUCUCUGUGCCAUCAAGGGACGUAACUGCUACCAAUUGCGCAGAGAAUGUGUGACAGAAUGUUUGUAGUUAUUGGGUACAAAAUUUAUCCAAUUGAAAUUCACUAAUUCUGUGACUGAAUUCCUAUGGGAUCAUGUUUGUAUGGGAUGAUAUAAGGAUGUAUUUAAUGGAACCGCCAGGGGAUUGUCAUGUUAUGUUUCUGGAUGUUCCUGUGAUUGGCAUGUGGCUUUACUCCAUCGCGGAAUGUAACAUACAAAUAUACAGGCAAGGCCUUGACAUAUAAGACGUUAUGCUAUGACGAAUGCACAAUGCCUUUUAGAAUGUGGUCAGAUACAAUGCAUGUUAUAUUUGGGAUUACACGUUACCUGCAAAGUACAGAUUCUAGUUCCUUUUGCGGUGGAAAAAAGUGUAAUUCCAAAAUAUAUCAUGGAACACUGUUACGAUGGUCAUUUCGUAAUAGACUUGCAAGUACUUCAUAUGUCUCUUAUCGAUCUUGGAAUGACGGCAGUAUUCUCAUAUCUGUUGAGUCUUAAUACCUCCGAACGUUAAUGUGAUAGAAUACUGAGUGUGAAUACAUCUGAGAUUGGGACAUCUUAUCUACAGACUGACAAAGUAUAUUCCGCUGUGCUGUUUGUCCAGCUACAAAGUGACGGACCCAUGUACUAUGUUUCAUUACCAUAUCCUAUUUCUCUUCACAGGACAGGAACACAAAUAUCAAUGUCUAGGAUAUAAGUUCAGUUAUAAUUUCCACAAUGUAAAUCAGUGGAUCCUGGUCUACCUCUUCUGGUCAGGGACUCACUGCUGAUGAGGUUCUCCUGCUGGUCUAUCAGUGGUGAUAUUGCACAAACGAUGGACACUGCCUGUGUAGAAUGUGGUUAUGUGCAGUUAUGAUACAUCACAUACUUACAUCAACGCUCCGACAGUUCUGUGUUUCAUGUUUCAACAUAUACGCACAGUUACUAGACGAUCGUUUAUCCAAGACUGCGUAUAUCCCGAAAUUAAGACUGCGGUAGGUAAAAAUAUUAGUCGGAAUAUCAGGUGCAUAAUUUACAGCAUAAGGCAAAUAUAUUUGUUCAGUGUAUAAUGGAAGUCAAUAUUUCUUUUAAAUGAAACCCAGGGCAGACCAAUAAUCGCUAGACAAUCCCUCCAACGAUAUAUGUUUUCAACCCGGUGAAACUAACAAGUCACACAGUACAUUCUACGAGUGGACGAUCAGUAUGGUUUCGUCGUCCCCCUCACAAGACCAGUACCCAAACUCGCUGGAAAUGAAUGGUCCGUCCCUCAAACGAUAAGUGUCUCCAAUCAAACUAGUAGGUAACACCGUUUGCAGCUUUACAGGGCAACGGUAUGGCUUCGCUGUUCUCGUCAAACGUUAUCCAGUUGAUCUUCCCAGCCUUAAGCCGCCUUGAUGACCUCACAGCUACGGUUAAACUCAGUAUUGUGCUGUCUUCGACGCAUUUAUGCAAAUGUCAUUACCAUAAUUGAAUAAAUUUUAUUUUCAUAUCA